AAAAAAAAUCUCUCUCUGUCUCUGCACUCUUGCACUCUCUCAUCAGUCAUCACAAAGCCAUGAUCACCAUGAUGAUGGUCAAGCCCCUUCUCUUCUUACUACUCUGCUCACUACUGCACCCGAUCGCCGCCACCAACGACAACCACCUCGUACCUGAACGCAGAGAAGUGUACGAUAACGGUCGAAUCAUAGAUAUCACUCACAAGUACACUCCUGAAACUCCCUCAGGUGGUGAUUCUGAAAAUGGGGUUGGACAGUUUCUCAGGCUCAGGGACUCCAUGAAGAACGGCUCUCUCUACAAUGGCUCCGAGCUCAGGAACCUCUUCGUUCACGCCGGCACCCACGUCGACGCGCCGGGUCACAUGUUCGAUCACUACUUCGAUGCCGGCUUCGAUAUCGACACGCUUGACUUGGGAGUUCUUAAUGGUCCGGCAUUGUUAGUUGAUGUUCCAAGGGAUAAGAACAUUACUGCUGAAGUUAUGCAGUCUUUAAAUAUCCCCAAGGGAGUACGCCGUGUGCUUUUCAGAACAUUAAAUACUGACAGGAAGCUCAUGUUCAAAAAGGAGUUUGACACAAGCUUUGUAGGAUUUAUGAAGGAUGGGGCAAAAUGGUUGGUGGACAACACUGACAUCAAACUUGUUGGAGUUGAUUACUUAUCUGCUGCUGCUUAUGAUCAUUUGGUCCCAACUCAUCUUGUCUUUCAUGAAGGCAGGGAAGUCAUACUCGUGGAAGGCCUAAAGCUUGAUGACGUCCAACCCGGAAUAUAUUCUGUACAUUGCUUACCCCUUAGGUUGGUUGGUGCCGAGGGAUCACCCAUAAGAUGCAUUCUUAUUAAAUAAUAGUUUUCAUGAAAGAAUGAAAGCCUGGGGAGGUGUUGAGGAGAAAUACCGUGAAGAUAGGUUUUAUUGUGCCUCACUGAAGCAGAAAGAAUAUGCAAUAAAGAAACUCUGAAAGAUAUGUUGGAUAUUUAUUCCUAAUAUUUGGCAUAGGUUAUUAUGAACCAUGUAGAAAUGCUUAAAAACUGUGCGCUUGCAUUGCUCUUUGAUUGUGUAUAAUAUACAGCAUAAUAUACAGAUGUGGUAGAGCAGUACUCACAGGGUAGCCUAACGCUUCCCUUGUAAACUCAA